AAGUGCCUUGCCCAGGGGCACAUCGACCUAUGGCAGGAGAAAACUGAAAUCGAACCCACAACCUUCUGAUUGCAAGACGACUACUCUUCCUACUGAGCCACAGUCGCCUCAGAUGGUAGUGAGACCUACUGUGAUGGAUGGAGACGUUGGCACAGACUCAGACAGGAGGAGGAAAGUGGAGAUUUUCAGGAGGGAUCAACUUGGACAGGAAGUCUCUGAGGGAAACUUCCUCCUAAACAGUGUUGAUGACUCUGUGGUUUGGAGAACUGGAGAGUAGUCUAGCUAUCCAAACAUCUCCUCGCUGACAGGACAUCCACAUGAACUUCAGCAGGUUCUUCAGUGUGUCGCUGGACAACUGGAGGAAAAUGGCUCAAUGAUGAUUCCAGACCCACAGAGUCUCUCCUCAGCUCCAGAACCAGCUGCAGAUCAAGCCAAACCCAAACGGCGUCACCGCUGUUCGAUUUGUGACCGGGAGUUUGCUGGUCCGUCCCGUCUGGCGGAUCACGUAGCCACACACUACGGGUACAAACCCCACAGCUGCUCCAUCUGCGGCAAACGCUUCACCAAGAAGGUCAACGUGUUGGUCCACCAGCGGGUUCACACCGGCGAGAAACCGUACUCCUGCCCCGACUGCGGGGUCAGCUACGCCCAGCGGGGCUGCCUGCGGAGGCACCUCCUCAUCCACUCCCCCGAGAAGCCCUUCAACUGCUCCUUGUGUGGGCGGGGCUUCGUCCAGCGGCGGUACCUCGUCCAGCACGAGCGGACUCACACCGGGGAGAAGCCGUUCUCCUGCUCGCUGUGUCCCAAACGCUUUGCCUCCCGAAGCGGGCUCUCGGAUCACCAGAAAACCCACCAGGAGCAGAAACAACAUUCCUGCUUGCUCUGUGGGAAAACUUUCACCUCUGCUUCGUCUUUCAGGGAUCAUGUUAGGAACCACACAGGACGCAAGCUCCACCCCUGCUCGCUGUGUGGGAGGAGCUUCAACCGACCGAGUCUCUUGAAGAAACACAUGCAGAAACACGCUGAUGGGACUUUCGAAAAGGAAGAAGCUUCACUUCGCUGCCUUCUGUGUCAGGAGGACUUCUCCUCGAUCAAAGAGGCGAAAGAGCACGAACAGCGCCACCACACGACGUCCCGGUUCGCCUGCGACAUCUGUGGCCGAGCGUUCACCCGAUCGUCCCAGCUGAAGGAUCACAUGAGGUCCCACACCGGAGAGCGGCCGUUCCAGUGCGACGUCUGUAAGACGCGCUUCACGCUGCUGAGAGCCCUGAGGAAACACCAGAAGAUCCACAGCAGGCAGGAAAGCCGGGCCCACACGACUCCAGGUGGUGGUCCGGAGCGGCCAGCAACAGAACCGGAAUCAGAGGAGCUUCCCGAUGAUCUGAAGGUGAAGAACCAUGGAGAUGAGACGCUGCCUUCACUGACCGACCAGAGCCCCAUCAGAACCAAGGAUCUGCACAUCUGCUCCCUCUGUGGGGAGAUCUUUCUGGAUCUGUCCACAUUGGAGGAUCACCAGAAAACCCACGAAGUCGCAGAGAAUCUUCCGCUUUGCUCACCGAGCACAGACACCCUGAGGACCUCCAGCAGUCCGAGGGCGAGUAAGAAAAAAAGGAACCACUGCUGCAGCAUCUGCUCCAGGAGCUUCCUGAAGCCCUGCCUGCUGCGAGAACACAUGAUGGUCCACAUCAGAGAGGGACAGCUCGCAGACCCCGCUGACAAGGAAUUCUGGCUCCACGUGAGGACUGGAGGUCAGAAGAAGAGAGUGAUGAAGGAGGUGGAAGAGGAAGGUGUAAAGAAACAGCAAUCAGGAGACCCCUCCACCUCUGACAACCUCCUCCUAUCUGAACUCCGACCUCCUGCUGGUAACCAUGGCGACCAGGGUGGCAGGUCCUCAGAAGAAAACAAAUGCGAGCAGCGUGAGGAAGAGGACGUCAGCGGUUUGAUCAACUCUGAUGGAGAAGAGGAGCGUUGGGAGCCGGAGCGCCAUGAUCCAAAGAGCCGCUCUGAUCCUCUGACUGACAGCAGCUCCGGAGAGAAAACCAGGAACUGCUGUCCAGUGUGCGGUCGGGACUGCUUCAAAGCUUCGGCUCUGCAGAAGCAUCUGCGGAUUCACUCUGGUGAACGUCCAUUCCAGUGUCCCACAUGCAGGAAAAGCUUCGUCCAGCUCGUCCACAUGACAGAGCACCAGAGGAUCCACACCGGAGAGAAACCCUUCACCUGCACCAUCUGCAGCAAGAGCUUCACCUUCUCCAGCGCCCUGCGCCGCCACCAGCGCGUGCACACGGAUGCCCGACCGUUCCAGUGCUCCGUCUGUCCAAAGACCUUCAAGCAGCUCUGCGUCCUGAAGAACCACCAGCUGACCCACACGGGCGUCCGUUACCAGUGCCCGCUGUGCAGCAAGAGCUUCAGCCGCGCCCUCGAGCUCACCUACCACAUCGACGUGCACUCAGACAAGAAUCCGUACUUCUGCAGCAUCUGCAAGAAGAACCUGAGUGGAGCCAGGAUCUUCCGCAAACACAUGAGGAAGCACGAGUCCGACAAGCCGCAGAUGGGAGCGGCUACGAUGGAGGCUGAGGUGGAGCUGGCGGAGACCGUCUGAGAGACGCUCAGGACGCUUAAUGAGGAGAGCCUUCAGCAGCCAAUCAGGGGAGGAGGAAGAGGAGGAGUCCCCUCAGAGGAACCAUUGAUGGACACGUAUCAUGUCAGAGUUCAUCUUUGUAUCACCAUCAUCAGAGUGAAUCAUGAGACCUUUGCUUUUAAACUUCAUACAAGAGCAGCAGAGACAUAUUGACAAACUUUAUUCAACAAGCUGACUGGUGGAGGUUUGGUGCUUCCCAUCACUCAGUCCUAACUGGUGCCUUGCUCAAGGACACGGUCAGAGCCUGAGUAUCUGACCUGGAACAGUCUUUUAAAUGUGAAUUAAUCUGCCACAGAGGAACCAGAUCCACAAUAAAUCCAUGAAUAAACCAAUAAAAAAGUUUGAUCCAGAUUAAA